UGCGGGCUGGGGAGGCUCUGGAACCGGGGGUGGGAGUGGGAGCGAGAGGUGAGCGGAGCCGCCGAAGGAGGGGACGGGCUGCCGGGCGCCCCUGUCCAUGGAGCGGGGCAAGAUGGCGGAGGCGGAGAGCCUGGAGACUGCGGCGGAGCACGAGCGGAUCCUGCGGGAGAUCGAGAGCACCGACACGGCCUGCAUCGGGCCCACGCUCAGGUCUGUCUAUGAUGGUGAGGAGCACGGACGAUUUAUGGAGAAACUUGAAACUCGCAUUCGCAAUCACGAUCGAGAAAUUGAGAAAAUGUGCAACUUUCACUACCAGGGCUUUGUGGACUCGAUAACUGAGCUGCUGAAAGUGAGAGGAGAAGCUCAGAAGCUCAAAAAUCAAGUGACGGAUACUAAUAGAAAACUACAGCAUGAGGGAAAGGAACUGGUAAUAGCAAUGGAAGAGCUGAAGCAGUGUCGACUACAACAGAGAAAUAUUUCUGCCACUGUUGAUAAAUUAAUGCUGUGUCUUCCAGUCCUGGAGAUGUAUAGCAAACUAAGGGACCAGAUGAAAACUAAAAGGCAUUAUCCUGCACUGAAAACUCUGGAGCAUCUAGAGCACACCUACCUGCCUCAAGUGAGCCACUAUCGAUUCUGCAAGGUGAUGGUGGAUAACAUCCCCAAGCUUCGAGAGGAAAUUAAGGAUGUCUCUAUGUCUGAUCUCAAAGACUUUCUGGAAAGUAUCCGCAAACAUUCAGACAAGAUUGGAGAGACUGCCAUGAAACAAGCCCAGCAGCAAAGAAACCUGGAUAAUAUCGUCUUGCAACACCCCAGAAUAGGGAGCAAGAGAAAAUCUAAGAGAGAUGCAUAUACAAUUUUUGAUACAGAGCUAGAAAGCACUAGCCCCAAGUCUGAACAGGAUUCAGGAAUUCUGGAUGUUGAAGAUGACGAUGAUGAUGAAGAGGUACCUGGGGCCCAAGAUUUGGUGGAUUUCUCUCCUGUUUAUCGAUGUCUACACAUAUAUUCUGUCUUGGGUGCUCGGGAAACAUUUGAGAACUAUUACCGAAAACAGAGGCGAAAACAGGCCCGCUUGGUGCUCCAGCCUCCAUCUAACAUGCAUGAAACUUUAGAUGGCUACAGGAGGUAUUUUAAUCAAAUUGUAGGCUUUUUUGUGGUUGAAGAUCAUAUUUUACAUACAACCCAGGGCUUAGUAAAUAGAGCCUACAUUGAUGAACUAUGGGAAAUGGCACUUUCAAAGACCAUCGCAGCACUCCGCACCCACUCGUCUUACUGCUCUGAUCCAAACCUCGUGCUAGAUUUGAAGAACCUCAUUGUGCUUUUUGCUGAUACACUUCAGGUUUAUGGUUUUCCUGUAAACCAACUUUUUGACAUGCUCUUAGAAAUCAGAGAUCAAUAUAGUGAAACUCUGCUAAAGAAGUGGGCAGGCAUUUUUAGAAACAUACUUGAUUCUGACAACUAUAGUCCCAUACCAGUAACAAGUGAAGAGAUGUAUAAAAAGGUGGUAGGACAAUUUCCAUUCCAAGAUACUGAGCUGGAAAAGCAACCAUUUCCAAAAAAGUUUCCUUUCUCUGAAUUUGUGCCAAAAGUUUACAGCCAAAUUAAAGAAUUUAUCUACGCCUGUCUGAAAUUUUCGGAAGAUCUUCAUCUAAGCUCAACGGAAGUUGAUGACAUGAUCCGAAAAUCUACAAAUCUGUUGCUAACCAGGACUCUGAGCAACUCUCUGCAGAAUGUCAUUAAAAGGAAGAAUAUUGGACUUACUGAGCUUGUCCAGAUUAUUAUUAACACAACACACUUGGAGAAAUCCUGUAAAUACUUGGAAGAAUUCAUCACCAAUAUCACUAAUGUGCUUCCAGAGACAGUCCAUACUACCAAGCUGUAUGGCACCACAACUUUUAAGGAUGCCAGACAUGCAGCUGAAGAAGAGAUUUAUACCAAUUUAAAUCAGAAGAUCGACCAGUUUCUACAGCUGGCCGACUAUGACUGGAUGACAGGAGAUUUGGACAACAGGGCUAGUGACUACCUAGUGGACCUCAUUGCCUUUCUGCGCAGCACCUUUGCUGUAUUCACACACCUUCCUGGAAAGGUGGCUCAGACAGCGUGCAUGUCAGCUUGCAAGCAUUUAGCCACGUCCCUGAUGCAACUUCUGCUGGAGGCUGAAGUAAGGCAGCUCACCUUGGGAGCAUUACAGCAGUUCAACCUGGAUGUCAGAGAGUGUGAACAGUUUGCCAGAUCCGGCCCGGUGCCUGGGUUCCAGGAGGACACGCUGCAGUUGGCCUUCAUCGACUUGAGACAACUUUUGGAUCUUUUCAUCCAGUGGGAUUGGUCGACCUACCUUGCGGACUAUGGCCAGCCCAACUGCAAGUACCUCCGGGUAAACCCAGUGACAGCGCUGACCCUGCUGGAGAAGAUGAAGGACACCAGCCGCAAGAACAACAUGUUUGCACAGUUUCGUAAAAAUGAGCGAGACAAGCAGAAGUUGAUUGACACAGUGGCCAAGCAGCUCCGCGGACUCAUCAGCAGCCACCACUCCUGAAGGCCGGCCUGGAGCCUCAGAGGCUGCUCGCUGCAGCCCCGCAGCCCGGGACCCGGCCCUGGCUGGCCCUGCAUUUGUGCAUUCUUCUUCAGAGAGAGAAAAUGUAUUUUUUUAAUAACCUAUGUACAGUAUUCGCAUAACCUUUCCCUAUAGUAAUAGAGGCACAAGAGGAAGCAAGCAUAUGAGAUAUUACUAGGCUGGGACCCAGGGGAGUUACUGCUACACUGUCUGUGUUAUCCUAGGGACAGUGGUCGCCCAUCCCAGUGCGAUGGGCCAGCUUUCACCCACAGAGCCCAGGCCCGGGGCCCAGGACCACACACGCAAAUGGGCACUUGGCCCUGGGGUAAGGUGAGCCCGUCAUAGGAUAGUACGGUGCAUUCCGUUCACUCCUGGGCACCCCAUUCACCACCAAGGGGAGGCUGGUUCUUUGGGAUGUGCGGAGAGGGCCUAGACAGCACACUGUUCGGUAUGCUACAGAGCAGCCCGUGCUCCUGGGGGCGCAUCUCAGCCUGGGGACUGCCACCAGCUAGUGCACAAGUGCGGCAUGUGACACGGCCACAGCGCCACCCUGGUCCCCUUUGGACACCUGUUUCUGUAGCCCAGGUCUGCCCCAGCGCUCUGACCACUGACUUCCUGUGGCAGGGCAGAACGGAGUGCGCAGGGUACAAAUGGGCCCCAUGCCUGACUGCCAGUCACCCCACAGAAGGUCAGGGUGAAUGGAAUCGGAGCCUCAGUCCCUUCCCCAUUCAUCUCUUCCUCUUUCAGGGUCGGGACACUUGGUUCAGGGCGUAGGUCACCAGUUAGGACUGUAUGUAGGUCCUCACAGAGAGCCUCAGACCUGGCCUCCUGUGGGAGCCCCGCUGGGGUAGGUCAGACUCUGGAAGCCCUUACUUUACCCUUCGGGAACACCUGAAGACUACUCGACAUUGUUCCUCUGUGUGUUAAAAAUCAGCUUUCUGGCCACCAUCUUUAAAGGAAAGUCACCAGGAAAGUCUGCCCUGUGGGGGCAGCCACAGCUGGACUGGGUGCCUUUCGUGAUGGGGCCACUGUCACCAUGAAGGAGACUCGGCCAGCACAGGUUGGGAUUCAUUGCCUCCGGCCCAACUGUCCCUCUGAGUCAUAUCCUGGAGAGUAUGACGCUCUCGCUCAGGCCCAAGGCUUCCAUCCUCCUCCGAGAUCCCCACGGCCACCUUUUGGCCUUGUCUGAGAAAGAGUGUCUAUAACCUUAUCCCCCAGGCUCUGGAGUUUGCACAGGGAACUGGAACCAGCUGACUUGGAGACUGUCCCACUGUCCCAGAUGCGCCCCUAGACUUAAUGCAAGGGCUUUGCUGUGAGGUCAGUCGGAGGAACCAGCACUUUAAGACACUGUGGGAAGAUGCUAUUAUGGCUACUGACAAGAGCUCAGUCGGGCAUCACCAAACAAUUACAAAUAAGCCGCACGGGUACUUUCAGCGUGGGUUAGUGGGAGGAGACACUCAUCAAACAGAAUUCCUCAUUGCCUUUGUCAGCCACCAAGUUGCUUCUGGGGAGGGCAGUGCUUCCUUCUUCAUCCCCUCCCCCAACCCCUCCUGAACUCAGCACAACUUGAAAACCACAGGGAGAGAAUGUGCACACAGGCAGGCAGCCCCCUCUGAGCUGGGGGCACCGGACCGCACGUGAGCUUGCAGGUGCCUCCUGAGGCCCUUCCUGGGGACUGGGCAGUGGGGCCAGGGUCUUAGGAUGAGGGUCAGGGGGGAGUGUUGCUGCCCAGAACUUCAAGGGCCAGGGAGAAGCAGGGGCCCGUGUGGGGAAACCCCAGAUGCCGUCUCCCAAGCCUUGGAUUUUAUUGAAAAUGUGAUAAGUGACUACAUGAAUCUGAAGUCCUAUUGUUUAGAAAAGGCCCAAACACCCUCCUCCACAAGCCUCCAGUUGGCAGCAAGGUCCCUUCAGCUCCAAGUGCUGAGGCACUGAAGGGAGAAUGAAGCAACUCUUCAGUAUAUCA